AUGUUCCAACCAAAGUUCUUGCGCAGCACCGAUGGAGAGGUCGUAUUGGCAGCGAAGGGGUGCAAUGCCCGUGUGAUCACGAGCUGGCUGUCAGAUGUGACGACUCUGUUGGUUCAUGAUGAGAUCUACCAGACGGAGGAGCUGAACCUCUUGGCCCAGCUCAUGCAUUUCUGCUCGUCCCUCAUGAACCAUGUGGAAUGGGCCCCUCGCUUCCUCAAUGACUCCCAGAUCCAGGGCAUGCAAGAGCUGGCAUACUUUGCCGGCCGAGAGAGUGGCACAGCUGAUUUGGACUAA